AUGCUCCGUGUCUUCGUCGACGUCGAGUCGCUUGACGGCAUCCGCUGCGCCCAUCCAGACGACUGUGCCGCCAUCGUCGCUCGUUCCCGGCUUGUUCUUGUCCUCGUCACCAAGUACUUUGUCGUCACGCGCUACGCCAUCGCCGAAGCCGACGCAGCGCUUGAGGGCGCUGCCAACGGCCGCAAUGCCGUCUUCCCGGUCUUCAUCGACAGCGACCUCUCGCUUGCUGAGCUUGGCCGACUGCACAGUGCCGCAGUCCGGCCCGCCGACGACGAGUCCCGUGCCCGCUUCGAUGUCGAUCUCGCUGCAGCCAAUGUCCGUGCCCAGGGCACUGACAGUUAUCGCGCGCUGGUUGAAACUGCCUUCCUCGCUCGCCACAAUCUUGACACCCACACCCAUCCGCAUCCGCUUGUCACCUUGAUGGACACCUUCUUCACUUCGGGUGACAAGAAGCACCAGUACGACACUUGGCGCCAUCAUCUUCUCACGCACGAUCGCAAGGCCCAUCACGUCCGCACGGUCUACCGCCUCAUGGACUGGGGUCUCGCCACUUACGACGCCCGCCGCAUCUCCCAGGGUGCCGCCCUAGUUGACAUUGCUCAGCGCUCCCUCGCCAUCCUUGCCCGCACGAUGCAGCUACCUUCCCGCAUGCCGCCGCCACUCAAUCCACCCGAGUACCACCCGCUCCCUGACACUCGCGCUGCGGUCAUUGACGCGCUUCUCGGUGCGAACAACGUCUCAGUCGUUGGUGUCAACGGGCUCGGUGGCGUCGGCAAGUCGUCACUCGCUGCCGAUGUCGCCAUCCAUCCCGCCAUCAUCUCCGCCUUCUCCGUCUUCUGGCUCUCACUUGGUGAGGACAAUACGUCCAACCCAGCUCUUGCCAGCCGCAUGUCUUACUUUCUCAAGCAGGGUCUGAGCUGCACAGUCGAUACUAAGGCCAACCUCGAUGACCUCCAACCCAUUCUUGCUGCCAAAACCCGGGCCCUCGCCAAUGCCAGGACUCGCAUCCUGCUCAUCCUCGAUGAUGUUUGGACCACCCGCCAGGCCUCCGUCUUCACCAACCACAUCGCAGCCCCGCAUGCCGUCCUCGUCACCUCGCGUAACGCCGCUGUUGCUACCAACACCGCCUCCUCCAUCAAGCUUGGCACCUUUGGCCCGGACGACGCUGCUGUUGUCCUUCGCAACUACCUCGCCAAGGGCUCACCUGAGUGGGCAACUGCCCUCGCUCUCAACGAUCCCCGCAUCGUCUCCCUCGCGACCUUUUGCCAUGGCCAUGCCCUCGCCCUCGCCGUCCUUGGCUCGUCCAUUUCUGGCGAGGCUGCACUUGACACCGCUGUUGCCAACUUUGAUUCGGCCUCCAAACGUGCUUUCCACAAGCACCGCAAGUCAGAAGGCGGCACCGACGCCAAGUACGCCCACAUCUUUGAUAUCAUCACAUGGACCCUCCGCAGCAUCGACGACCUCGACCGUCCGAUGGCACUCGCCAUUUACGCCAUGCUCGGCGUCUUUCCAUCAGACGCGCCCAUCGACGUCGCCAACUUCCGCGCCACAGUCCCAAAAGACGAUAUUGACUUUGCUGCGGCCCUCGAUGCCCUUGCCGAUGCCUCUCUCCUGCGCGUCGUUGCCACGGAUGGCGGCGCCAUAACCGUAGUCGAGCUGCACGAUCUGCACCUCGAGUACAUUCGCCAUCGGCUUGAGGUGUGCUUUGACGACAUCCCUUCCCUUCCUGCCCGUCACCUCGCCGUUGUCGCCGGGGUGCCUCCGCCUGGUGCCACGCCAGAGUCCGCUAAGGAGACCAUGACCUCUGGCACUGCCUCCGAUUGGAUCGUCACCCGCGGUAUUUCGCACCUGAUUGCAGCCGGAGCGAACCAUGCUGCCGUUGCCGUUGCUCUCUCCUGGCCGUGGAUGAAAGCCCGCGCAGACGACUCGCUUGGUGGCCUCCUCAAUGAUCUGCGUUGUGUUGUGCGCCUCGGCUGUGAAGGAGCCAAAGACGUUGACGAGGUCGAGCGUGCGCUGUCGCUCUCACGCGAGAUCAUUGAGAGCGGUACGUCGCACAUCGAGACCGAGCUUGUCGCCCGACUUGCCUAUGACAACGCGUCCAAAGCCGUGAAGGACCUGGUUGCUGCUGUGCGCGAAGAUGCUUCGUCUAAGGCUCUCAUUCCAUCGAGAGCCGUGGACCCUGUCGCGCAUCGUGGUGCUGAGCGCUUUCGCUUUGAUGGCAAGUAUGCCAAUGUCAUCAACAUCGGUGGCUCACUGGUUGCUGGUGGAUGUAAGGAUAAUGUGGACGUACUUGACGUGCAAACUGGUGAACGCGUGGAGGUGCUGGAGGGCCACACUAGCAUGGUACAGGGUGUGAUUGCGCUGCCGAGUGCGGAUGGCCAGCUGCCUGUCCUGGUCUCGUGGUCGUGGGACGACACGAUCCGGGUGUGGCAUGCUGCGGACGACGGGACGGGCGCCAUGCGUGCCUCCUGUGAGGUGCUGGAGGGCCACACCAGCGAUGUGCGGGGUGUGAUUGCGCUGCCGAGUGCGGACAGCCAGCUGCCUGUCCUGGUCUCGUGGUCAGGCGACAAGACGGGACGGGUGUGGCAUCCUGCGGACGACGGGACGGGCGCCAUGCGGUACACCGCGGACAGUGCCUCCUGUGAGGUGCUGGAGGGCCACAUCUACGAUGUGCAGGGUGUGAUUGCGCUGCCGAGUGCGGCUGGCCAGCUGCCUGUCCUGGUCUCGUGGUCAGACGACAAGACGAUCAGGGUGUGGCAUGCUGCAGACGACGGGACGGGCGCCAUGCGUGCGGAUGGCCAGCUGCCUGUCCUGGUCUCGUGGGCGUGGGACAAGACGAUCCGGGUGUGGCAUGCUGCGGACGACGGGACGGGCGCCAUGCGGUACACCGCGGACAGCGCCUCCUGUGAGGUGCUGGAGGGCCACACCGACGAUGUGGAGGGUGUGAUUGCGCUGCCGAGUGCGGAUGGCCAGCUGCCUGUCCUGGUCUCGUGGUCGUGGACAACACGAUACCGGGUGACGAUCCGGGUGUGGCAUGCUGCGGACGACGGGACGGGCGCCAUGCGGUACACCGCGGACAGGGCCUUCUGUGAGGUGCUGGAGGGCCACACCAGCCUUGUGCGGGGUGUGAUUGCGCUGCCGAGUGCGGAUGGCCAGCUGCCUGUCCUGGUCUCGUGGUCGAGAGACAGGACGAUCCGGGUGUGGCAUGCUGCGGACGACGGGAUGGGCGCCAUGCGGUACACCGCGGACAGUGCCUCCUGUGAGGUGCUGGAGGGCCACACCGACGAUGUGCAUGGUGUGAUUGCGCUGCCGAGUGCGGAUGGCCAGCUGCCUGUCCUGGUCUCGUGGUCAGACGACAAGACGAUCAGGGUGUGGCAUGCUGCAGACGACGGGACGGGCGCCAUGCGGUACACCGUGGACAGUGCCUCCUGUGAGGUGCUCGAGGGCCACACCUACAGUGUGCAAGGUGUGAUUGCGCUGCCGAGUGCGGAUGGCCAGCUGCCUGUCCUGGUCUCGUGGUCGCUCGACGGGACGAUCCGGGUGUGGCAUGCUGCGGACGACGGGACGGGCGCCAUGCGGUACACCGCGGACAGUGCCUCCUGUGAGGUGCUGGAGGGCCACACCAAGUAUGUGCGGGGUGUGAUUGCGCUGCCGAGUGCGGAUGGCCAGCUGCCUGUCCUGGUCUCGUGGUCGGAGGACAACACGAUCCGGGUGUGGCAUGCUGCGGACGACGGGACGGGCGCCAUGCGCUACACCGCGGACAAUGCCUCCUGUGAGGUGCUGGAGGGCCACACCAGCAGGAUGCUGGGUGUGAUUGCGCUGCCGAGUGCGGAUGGCCAGCUGCCCGUCCUGGUCUCGUGGUCGUGGGACUACACGAUCCGGGUGUGGCAUGCUGCGGACGACGGGACGCGCGCCAUGCGGUACACUGCAGACAAUGCCUCCUGUGAGGUGCUGGAGGGCCACACCAAGUAUGUGAAGGGUGUGAUUGCGCUGACAAGUGCGGAUGGCCAGCUGCCUGUCCUGGUCUCGUGGUCGGAGGACAACACGAUCCGGGUGUGGCAUCCUGCGGACGACGGGACGGGCGCCAUGCGGUACACCGCGGACAAUGCCUCCUGUGAGGUGCUGGAGGGCCACACCUACAGUGUGCGGGGUGUGAUUGCGCUGCCGAGUGCGGAUGGCCAGCUGUCUGUCCUUGUCUCGUGGUCAAGAGACAACAACACGAUUCGGGUGUGGCAUGCUGCCGACAACGGGACGGGCGCCAUGCGGUUCACCGCGGACACAGGGUGCGGGGUGUGA